GGGAGAUAAAGCUGAGAAAAUGAUGUGUAGGGGAGGGGAAAUUGUAUAUAAUAAACAGAUAUUGAAACCCUCAGAACUGCAUUUACCACAAUGAUCCCUUGGUAUUUGCUAAAGUUUUAUGCCCAAAGGCACUCGAAAUUUACUGCAUCCUGCAUUGUUCUUUUUAUCAUCAAUUUACUCUUUUACAAGUAAGUCAAGUGCCAUACUCAUACAUAUCUGAUCAUCGGAACUAUAGAGUUAGAAUAGACUCUAAUAGAAAAUAGACUAAUGUCUAGUCUAUGUAUGAUAUGUAAGUUUAUAUAAGUAAAAUGGGCAUUAUCAUGAUAAUCAUAAGGCUUGUAAGUUAUAAGGCAGUGUACAUACAGAAAAAAUACAGAACAAUUUAAAUUUAAAGAAUUUACCUCUCUAAGUCUAAAUGACUGAUUACCUUCUUCAGCAGACAAAGUCAAACAAAACAAGAAAAAACAAAUUGUUUGAAAUUAAUCAAAAACUCAAGUGUUCCCAGAUCACAAUGUAGCUCACUCAGUGACAAUUUCUGUGUAAUUUAAUUAAAAGUUACUUUUUAUUUCAUGUAUUUUAUUGUUCUCUGAAGAAGUCAAUUAGUGGAAACAUCCUUUUCAUUGUUCUCUCUUUUUUUAAAAACCUAAACAUAUUUUGAUUCAUACAAAUACCUGUCCCUGUCCUGAAUUGAAAAAAAUUAUUUGACAUCGUUCCAUCUUCGCAAUACGAUGAAGUAGUUAGUGACACUUCAUCAAAUCGCCUACGAGGCUGAUACUGGAAUGGCAAUCUUGUUUGACUUAUUGCAGGAAAACUUUGACUCCUGGUUAAAUUUAGCCUUUUGUAAUGCUCUUUUUGUUGCAAGGGCUUCAUUUUGCUCAUCUUCUGACUGUUUGACUCUUUCAUAUACUGCUGUUCACCAACUGGAACGGUGCUCAGCAAUGAUCUUCCAUUCAUUGAUUUCUAUUUUGGCUUCAUGCAUGUUCCUUUUGCAAGCAUCCUUAAAUUGCAGUCACAGCUGUCCAAUAACUCUUGCCCCUUCUGCCAACUCUGCAUAAGCAGAUCUUUUGGAAUAAGGCCUUUCUCCAUUCUCCUGACAUAGCCUAACUAGCGAAGGUGCCUUCUGGCUAGAGCAUAGAAUAUGCUAUACACUUUGGCAUGUUCUGAAACCUCUGGUUGCAACGCACAAGCACAGUUAUUAUUAUAAAAAGUUAUGUAUAUUCUUCUGUUCUCUUUUUAUCUUUUUUUUUUUACCCAUUUUUGGGGGGAAAUUGGUUUCUUUUUUACACAGUUUUACUAGCAGAAUUAAAAAAAAACAAAUUAAUGCAAGACGUCUGCAAAGCACCUAAUUGUACAUUUUGAAAAUAUUUAUAGUUCUACUCAUUGCUAAGAUAUUUAUAUUUAUACACUUGAAUGCAACUUUUUGCUUAACUGUUAUCAAAUGAGGAGAGUAUUAUAACAUGAGUAAGGAAUAUUCUUUCUUUGUGCACAAUUUGCUAUUCCUGAAUAGGGUCAGGCAUACAAAAUCUUAUCUUAGGGAUGUGGCAGUAACACCUUUGUUUAAAUGGCUGAAUGAUGCUCUCGUGACUGAAGAAAUUAUUAAAAAGAGAUAUUCUAAUUAUUGUUGAGAAAAUUAAACUCUGUUAAAAUAGACUUUUAAAAUCACAAGAUUAAUUUUGCUUUUGAAUUUCAGCUGUUACCAAAUAUUUCUGAUAUUCUGGAUGUUCAUAGCUGGGAUUAUUUUUGCAUAUAGUUUACUUAGGUAAGUAUGCAUUUAAAUUUUUUUAAAAAUAUUUAUAAUCUUUACCAUGACAAGCAAAGCCUUUCAAAUUCUGUUGUUGCAGGUUUGUCCACACAUGGCGCCCAGGCAGUAUUUUUCCUAAGGGUUUGUCCCUGAACUUUAGUGAGGCUUGUCUUAAAACUCAUAACUUCUUCUCAGGAUAGUUGCAUGUGAAAGAGACUAGAAAUAAACUUUUUAAAAAAUGAGCAAACUGCUAUAUUAAGGCUAAAACGUUAAUAUAUAUUUUCUUUUGCAGUCCAACUUCAGUCUUACCAAACCUACUCCCCAUAUUCUCAAAAAGUUCAAAGGUAAAAAUAUUCAAUAUUUAUUUUCUAUUCUACUUUUAUUUUUCUUUGGUUUUCUCCGUAAUGAUAAAUAUGUCCAUGGACUCUAAGUGUAUUUUAGCUAAUUUCAGUAUGAACGUUGCUUGAAUUAGAAAUUCUACUUAUUAUUUAAAAUUAGUAAAAAAAAAAAUUGCUUUAACAAUACACUAUUGAAGAAAACUCACUAAAAUACCCAUUUGAUUUACCGUAAACACUUUAAAACCCUCAGCACAAGAACAUCGAAGAUGAUGAAUUAACUUUGAUGAAGACGGUAUGCACAGUUUGUGGUUUGCGCAAAUGUCCACGCCACAGGUUGGUUCUUAUGCACAUGUUACUAACCAUAUAAUAAUAGUACCUUUUUAAAUUUUUAAAAUAUAUGUUUAGUCUUAUGCAAAGUAUACUCAGAUUAGCCAACAUUUAGCUGACAUACAUUAUUUAUACUUUUAUGUCUGUAGUUCUGAGUUAAUUGUUUUGAUUAAUGAAAUUCAUUUCUCAUUUACAGGCCUGAGCUAAAUAUUUUAGCAUUUCAACCAUGGACUAAUCUUGAUAUACACCAAAAGGUUGAUGAUGCUUUACAUGAGGUAUGGUCGAAAUAUUGAGGCUUUUAUUUUCGUACAUUUGCUUCUUUGCUUAAUUUUACUCAUAUUUAAUUUGCAGUUUUGUCAGUAGUGAAAGAAUAUUUAUCUUAAACAGUAUUAUUUCUAAAGUACAUGUAUUGGUUUCAUUUGACAAGAAAACAGAUCUGUUAUGAUUCCUUCUAAUUAAUGUUUUAAGCAAGAGUGAGAAGUCUGAAUACUUAUAAUAAUACUUGUUUAGGUAUACAUCUAUAUGUAAAAAUGUUUUUGCUCCUCAGUUUUUCACUAUAGUUCUCAAAGAUUUUGUGUACACCUGGUAUAGGUAAAUAAUUAGUUUACAUGUUUUGAUGUUGGCUCUGAACUUUUUAAAAUCUAUUAUCAUUUUAUAUAAUAAAUAUAUAAAUAAAUAAUAUAUAUAUGCAUACACACAUAUAAUUGGUAUGUGCUUGAAAUUUCAUGAUCAGAUGAGUGUUAUGGAAAGAAAUGGAGUUUGGUUCAAAUAUGACUUAAGUAAAGACUUUAGCUGUGCUUGUUUCUUAACAUUCAUUUGUUUCUUUGUUAACUGAAAAUUUCAAGAUUCUCAGAUUUCUAAAUUAAAUUACACAAACUAAAAUUAAAAAUUCUUUAAAUGAAAAAUCUAUGUUCAUUGAGAAAUAAAAAUAAAAUGAGUUCUCUUUCUUUUAAUGUAUCUUUCUUCUGUACAUUUAUUUUGUUUUAACACCCACAGAGAUCUCAGUGAAGAUGAAGAAUUUGUUGAUGAACUGAGGACAAAUUUUAGAUUUUUGGCUUCUGUGAUGUUUAGGAGAUUAAAAAAGGUUUCAAUUUUUAUAAAAAUCACACCUGAUAAUACAUUUCAGAUAUUUAAUUUGAAUAAACUUAAAAUUUUAUUUGCAAAGUUUCCAGGUUCAUAUAGCUUUAAAGGAAAUAAGCAGAUGUCAAUCGACUUUUGCUGCAAAUGAUAAUAGAAAUCAUAAAAUUUGUCUCUGUUGUUUGUGACAAUAUUGAAUUAUUUUUUUUUAUAUUGUAACUAUUAGGUAAAUUUGCAUUUAUAUGGAUAGUUAUCUGAAGAAACAGUGACAUUGUGAACACAGUAACACCUCAAAUAUCACCGGGGUUAUGUGACAAGAGAUUUUUGAAAUGUAAAAAAAAAACUGCAUAGUCUGAUUUAUGCAUGCUUUAAAGCUUAUUAAACCCUUCAAACACACUUUGAAACUUUUCUAUUUAUUUUGAUUUAAUGGUAUUUUAAUUAGUUUUAAAUUAAGUUAUAUAUAUAUCAUUUUAAAUUAUUUAGGCUAGAAAAUGCUUAUUUUACUGCAAAAAUAGUUAAAACAAUAAAUAUAUAAAAAUCUGUAUACAGUAUUCCGCAAAAAUCUGUAACGUAAUAGCAAAAUUUCUGCAGAGCUCAUCUUAGGAGAAAACCUGCGAAUAAGUGAGGGUGCAAAAUGUGAAGUAGCGAGGUAUUACUGUAUUUGAAUUUUCUUAUUACCAUGAGUAUUUAUUCAGGAUUACAUCAACUAUGAUUAAUGUCAUAAGAGUUAAACUCUCACAUAUAUUUAAAAAAAUCUACUAACAGGUUGAUGUUCCUAAACUUAUAACUUUAAAGUUGCUGCGUGCUGGCGUGCAGCAUAUUGAUUUGUGUUUACAAGCGUAUGAUAAAGGUAAUUAUGUUACAAAAUUUAGUUGUUUUCAGUCAUUAUGUUGACCACUUUCAAGUAAACCUUUGUGUGGUAGCUGAUUUUUGGCAUAAAUUUAAAAUGUACAAGGCUAGAUGAUGGUCAGGUACAUAUCUCAAGAUAAAAAAAAGUGAUGUAUUUCUAUAUUAUUUUAAUACUGCUAAAAAUAAAAUAAAUUGUAAAUUUUGACACUGUUUAAGUAGUAAAAAAACCAUUCCAAGAACUGAUGGAAAUCCUAAAAUGUCUAGCAACGCUUAGUAUAACUAGUGCCAUUUGUUAACUUUUGUAUACUUCAAUAAAAUAUGUCACAUUAAAGACACAAACUGGCCUAUUUUUUAAAUCUGUGAUGAUCACUGAUGAUGGACUGAAACUCUUAAAAAAUUAUAUAAUCACCAUUGACAUGCUGCAAUCUCUCAUGUACGCAGGCUGUGAAGUUGUCUUUUGUCCAUUCAUUCUUCCCUCUGAUUGCAGCUGGAAAUAAUGGCGACCUCCAGCAGAUAGUGUUGGAUUUCAUGGGCCCCAGUGUCCACUGUGCCAUGUGGAGUAGGAAGGCUGAGCUGGAGUACUUAAGGAGGCUGGUGGAAUCACUGUUUCCAUACAUCUUGCGUCCACAGGCUCUCAACUCAAGGUACAGUUAAGAAUUUACAUUUCAAGCCUCUCAUUUUCAUGACCUUCAUCAAGAUGGUCUGUCUGGGUCAAGGCAACUAGUUUUUUGUUGUUUUUUUUUGUAUCUUAGAGGGAUAUUAUCCAAUAAACUUAAAAAAAUUAUAUUUUACAACGUAAAUGAAUUGUGACCUAAUUAAUAUGAACAACCUUUAAAAGUUAAUAGUAAUUAGUAAAAAUUGUUUAGCCAAGUGAAAUUGUCACAGUUUAAUUUAAUAACCAUUUUAAAAGAUAAGAGUCUCCUCCCUUAUAUAAUGAUGAUAAAUUAACCAGAGCUGGAUUUUUAAAAAAGACAAUCUCAGAGCUUUCAAUGCCAUAGUAGUGUAGCAAAACAAAUGAAAUUUAUUAAUAACGUGAGCAUUUAAUUUUUCACUAAUAAUGAUGUUAAAUUUAUUUACAAAAUUCCUUUUUGGUUGGGGAUAAUUCUAAAUCCAGAAUAAUACAUAGGUUCCCCUGUUUGCAAGCUAGCCUCUGAUUCGGCCCUUUUUCAUUUGUAAUCUUCCUAAUGAGAAACAUUUUCUGGUCUCCAUUUCUGACUCGCAUUGAUGAUCUAUUUUGUCAGUGCUUGCUUCACUGAAACUGAUGAUUAUGACAAGGACACAUUUGUCCCUGUGUUAAAGUAAGAACUGACACUUUUUUUUGUUCCAAGCACAAACUGUUUGCUUACACUUUGCAUGCCAUGUGUUACUUUAUAACUUCUCACUUUGCUGUUCUUGACUUUAUUAAGCAUUUCUUUUGAUGGCUUCUUAAUGAUGUUCGAGAAAGUGUGUGGCUAUUAAUUAAUGAGACUGGGCUGGUGUGUAUUGAACCACUGGAUUGGGAACCCUGACUCCCAACCAUCAACAGACCAAACACAAUAUCAGUUUUCUGCUGCAGCUAAUUUGAUAUUGAAACAUUUUUAUUGUUUGUCAACACACAAAAAAAGUUAAAUUUCAAAAUAAAGUAAUGUCUUAAUGUGAAGUUUUUUAUGAAAUUGAACAAAACAGCUGCCAAAUAUAAUGCAUCCUUAAUGAGUUUCACAAAGUUGAAUAUAUUUCACACAUUGUGUUUUCAUGGGACAUACAAGAUUUUUUGAAAAGGUUCUCAAAUAAUUGGUGAAUUUUUUCAUGCCAGUGCACAUGAGAACAUUUUCAGUGUCAAAGAAAGCAACCAAAAUGAUUGAGUUUUCAGCUACAGCUUUAAGACACAAAUGGUCCUCCUCAGUCAGUCUGCCAAACGGGCACAGCAAUGUCAACAUAUUUCUAGUUUGUGCCAUACAAUGCCAUGAAUCAUAAGAUCAACACUUAAAAAAGGAAACUGCAAGCUAAUUUGUGGGGACUUUUGGGGGAAAACUGGAUCAACCUCAAUGAAUCAUGCGUUAAAUAGAAGUAGGUGAAGAGUUUAAGGACUCAGGGAGUAGUUGCAUGAAUGGAGUAGAGACAGGCGGUUAGUAGAUGGAAGCAGUGGAGUCGAUUCAUGAAUGGAUUACAUUGUAAGCGGUUAGGAGAAAUAAGCAUUGGAGUAGAAGCAGGUGGACAAUAUAUUGCCUUUGAGGGAGUAUCUGUAGGCAGGAGUAUGUGGACAGGGUGGGCUCAGUAAAAUAACUCAAAGCUCCAGUCUUGUCAUUUAAAAGCCAACCUCUCUAUUUGGAUGUAUAUAAGAUAACACAUCGUCAUAAUUUCUAUAAUUAAAAAAUAUAAAAACAAUCAAUAAUUGGUUAUUGUUUUAUUAAUAUUAAUAGCUCCUUAGCUUGAAAUUUGGAGUUAUGAUGGCUUAUUAAAAGUUUUUAAAUAAAAAAAUUUACCAUUUAAAUGAAAGGUCAGUUUUUAAACAAUAGAUUUUCAGUGGAAACUUUAUAUUCUACUGUAACAAUUUCAGUUUAAAACAAAUGAUUCAAAGAUAUUUAAAACUAAAUGUUGGAGAUGAGUGAUUUUUUUAUAAGUGAUUAUCAUCCACAUAAAAGAUGGGCGAAAUUCAAUGUUAUUUCAUAGUGCGGAAUGUGAUUUUACAUAGUUCCUAGAUGUUCGAUGGAAAUUAAAAAAAAAUAAAAUUUGUAUGUUUUUUUCUUCUGUACAGCACAAUUUUAUUUUUGUUAAGUUAAAUUUUUUUAACCUUUUCAAGAAAUCUCAUGUUAUUGAUCUUUUUUACUCUUUCAUUUGUAAAUUUUAACUAAUGGCUACCAUUUUUGUCAAUUUUUGAAAAACAGUUUUAGGAAGAGUUCCAUUUUGAAUUUAAUGAAUUUAUACAUUUUUAAAUUUGUUUUGAUAAUCUUUGCUUGUUUAAAACAAUAAAUAUUAUGGAAGGGUUUGAAGAAAAAGAUUUAAUGAAUAAUAAAUGAUGUAAAAAGUAGUAAGAAUACUUAGUCACUAAGAAUGUCAUUAAAAAAAAAGUCACAUUUUUUUAUUAACUAAUACACAAUUACUCCUUCAUUACUGUUGUUUGACAAGUUUAAAGUGAAGCUAUAUUUUGAAAAUUAAUCUUUAAAAAAGUAGAGGAGACACUACAUAAAUGUAUUUUAGAAUCUGGCUUUCAAUAACUUUAUUAUUUUGUCUAUUUCAAUAUCAUUUAUUAUUCUACUAGGAGCACCUGUGCAUUGGUCAGAGAACUGCUAGCAGGUUCUGUGUUGCUGCCUACCAUGGAUGCCAUAGCAAAUCCUGUGAGUAGAGGGUAUACACCUUGCACUCUGUGGUUGGUUUUAAGUUAUUACAGAAUAUUUUUAGUUCACAUGCUUUUUUAAAUAGUUUUACUUUCUUCCAUAUCUAACAUAAAUAGUGCUCUGGAAUUGUUGUUUAUAUAUCAAAGUUGUUCGUUCAAAUUAUUGGUAUUAUUGAGUGAUGAAAUAAGUUGAUUAUGUGAAUUGUGUUUUUUGGUCUACAGGAUUUAAUUAACAAUUUACUUCUGAUAUUCUUUGACAAUACACCCGUAAGUACAAAAAGGGCUUAAAAUAGAUUCUUUGGAAGAUUCAUACUCAUAAUAAUUAUACUUUUAUUGAAAGAUUCGAUUGCUUUGUUGUACUUGGAUUUUAAAACUGUGCGCCAAUUAGCAUAAUUAGAAUCUAAAAAAAAAAAUAAUAAAAAAAAUUAAAAUUAAAAAAAUGAGUCAAGAAUGGUUCUCAUGAUGUUAAAAGAAAAAACCAAUAUGAAAUGUGACCCUUUCAGCCACCACCACCUGUAGACCCUCCCUCUCCAAUGGUGCCAUUUUUAGUGCAGUUCAGUCAAGCCAAGGCCCACAACCAAUCAGUGAGUUUUUAAAUAGCGCAGCACAUUUUUUAACGCCAUAGAGAAAAUUUUAUGAUAGAUGUUAAUACAAAAUCUAUUUACGAUAUUUUUAGAUAUGUACUGCUUUAAAACUUAUGUGAUGAUAUGAUAUUGCUUGCUUCGGCUAUUUACUGUUGAUGUAUCACAUUUUAGUGCCUUCGUCUGCUAUUUACUGUUGAUUUAUCACAUUUCUGCAUCAUUCAUUUACUGUUGAUGUAUCACAUUUCAGUGUCUGCGUCUUGAAUUAAAAGAUGUAAUUAACCCUGAGAUCCCAGAACUGCUGUAUCCGUUCAUGCAGUUUCUCAAGAGUGAGGCUGCUGUUAACGUCUUACAGUUUUGUUUAGCAUGUGGUGAGUGAAUAGGAAAUUAAUUAAGCCUUGAAGCAUUUUAAAAAAAAACAAACAGCCAGUUAUGUAUAGCGUAACUUACAAUUUAAUUUUUGAACUUCAACUCAGAUUUUAGUUUCAUGUUUAAAGUAAUUGAUUGCCUUGCCAACAUGAUAUGGUGAGCAAUGUUCCGUGCCACCCCUAAAUGUGCUGCUCAUUGCUGAUUCCCCCAGAGGAUUUCAACAGGCGAAUCCUCAGCCCCGAUGUGUCUCAGAGUGAGUUUGUUGAGCUGCACAUGACCGCCAAAGAACUGUACAAAAACUACUGCGCUCCCAAUGCCCUGGACAGGAUCAAAUUUGAUGAUGAUGUUGUCGAGACGCUUCGAGAAGGUUUUUAGCUUUACUUUGUUGCCAUUGUUCAUACUGUUACAUUACAUACUGUUAUAUUACAUACUGUUACAUUACAUACUGUUACAUUACUUACUGUUACAUUACAUACUGUUACAUUACAUACUGUUACAUUACAUACUGUUACAUUACAUACUGUUACAUUACAUACUGUUACAUUACAUACUGUUAUAUAGUUUUGCCAAUUAUAUCUGUUUGAAGAUUUGGCUAGUUAGAUGAACAAUUUGUAAGGAGGGACUGAAAACCGGUAUACAAUGAAAAAUGCUACCAUAGCUAGAGAUAUAAUAAUAUUCAAUUAGUUAUGCUAUCAAAUUUAUAUAAAGAACACAAAGUAAAAUAAACAGAAAUAAAAACUAUAUUAAAUAACUGCACAGCUAAUGAAAAAUUACAAUUCUUGAAAGGUGCAAGUACACACACACAUACAAAGAAUAUAAUCUUGUAAGGCUCCUAUUAAUAUGCCUUGUAAAUGUCUAGGAAAAUUAGUAAAAAUCUCUCCUCUGGCUGGGAAAGCUGUCUGCUUAUUUACAGGGAGAUAGUUAUAACCCUCCAGAAAAGAAAUUCUAGAAAUUGUAUCAUUCAAUGACAUCCUUUAGAACAAAUAUAACAUAAACAACCUUUUCCCAAUCAAGGGAGGGGUGGGGUUGUAACAGCGACACACAUUUAAUCGUUGUCAAUUUUAAAACUAAAAUAAGGGGGAGACAAGUGGUGAACGUCUCGUCUCUACAUUGAAAUAAAAUUAGGUCAAGACACAGGCUACAACAACACAGUAUUUAAGAGACAAGUCAAACAAAAUAGUGCUCUAGGGCUUAGUGGAGGGAUAUUUUCACCAUCACUGAGAUGUUUUCUGCUGGCCAUUUUGUUUAUUAUGCAAUGGCACAUUAUGGCGUCUGAUAUUUAGUUUCACGCCAAGUUAGAGGCUGUCUAUUUACUUAAGGUGUUGAGUUUUUUGUUCCUUAUUCACGUUUUACCUCCUCCUUCACAUGAUGGCUGCCUUGCUGGUUUUGUCAAGUCCAUUCCACCUGGUUCUUAGCCCUUAUUGCCCCACUGUUGCAGACAGCACAGUUUUUAAGAUGUAUCUUAAGUUCAUUUUCAUGUAACCUUUCAAAUGGAUGAGAAGUGACAAAUUUGUGAUGAAAAGCCUUUUUUUUUUUUUUUUUGCUGUGCAGCCAUGAUGUAGUCAGUAAACUGCCACUGGCUACAUAAGCAUUAUCAUUUUAUUUAAAACUCAAUUACGCUGCUUUUUUUUUUUCCCCAAAUCCUAACCCUAACCAAGCCCCCUGUUACAUCAAUUUUGUUUUUUUUUUUUUUUUUUUUUUUUUUUUUUGUUUUUUCUCUUUUUUUUUUUGAAGUCCUUUUUUUUUUUUUUUUUGCUGUGCAGCCAUGAUGUAGUCAGUAAACUGCCACUGGCUACAUAAGCAUUAUCAUUUUAUUUAAAACUCAAUUACGCUGCUUUUUUUUUCUCCACAAAUCCUAACCCUAACCAAGCCGCCUGUUACAUCAAUGGGUUUGAGAGACACUUGAUCCCAAGUAACAUAAUAAUUUUUGUGUGACAAACUGCUCAUGACAUAAGAAUUUCACUGUUAUAAUUAUCUUCUCCUAGUUGUGGAAGGACCACCAGACCAAGUCAUACGACUGAGGACAUCCACACCAUUGUUUAAGUAGGUCAUAUUUCUUUGUUGUUGCCAAACUUUGGAUAGGUGUUUGGGCCAGUAUUGUUUGCUUAUGCUCAUGUUCUAUUAAAAAUUAAUUUAGUCAUGGAAUAAUAGAAACAGCCUUACCUAAAAAAAUAAAUAUUUAUUGUGUAUUCUCAGAGCCUAUGAACACGCCUACAACCUUCUGGAGAACAAUUUUUUACCGAUGUUCCAUCAAAGUGAUGAUGUAAGUUCUAUUUAUAGCCAUUUCAUGCAGAUCUUAAAUGUCCACAACUUGCCAUCUGAAUGCACUAUCAAAUUUAUCUGACAUAUAUGUCCCAAUUACCACUGUACAAAACUGUCUUAUGAACCACUGUAUUCAACUGUCUUAUGAACCACUGUAUUCAACUGUCUAAUGAACCACUGUAUUCAACUGUCUUAUGAACCACUGUAUUCAACUGUCUCAUGAACCACUUUAUUCAACUGUCUUAUGAACCACUGUACAAAACUGUCUCAUGAACCACUGUACAAAACUGUCUUAUGAACCACUGUAUUCAACUGUCUUAUGAACCAGUUUAUUCAACUGUCUUAUGAACCACUGUAUUCAACUGUCUUAUGAACACUGUAUUCAACUGUCUUGUGAACCACUGUACAAAACUGUCUCAUGUACCACGUACAAAACUGUCUCAUGUACCACUGUACAAAACUGUCUCAUGUACCACUGUACAAAACUGUCUCAUGUACCACUGUACAAAACUGUCUCAUGUACCACUGUACAAAACUGUCUCAUGUACCACUGUAAAAAACUGACUCAUGUACCACUGUAAAAUCUGUCUCAUGUACCACUGUACAAAACUGUCUCAUGUACCACUGUACAAAACUGUCUCAUGAACCACUGUACAAAACUGUCUUUUGAACCACUGUACAAAACUGUCUUAUGAACCACUGUAUUCAACUGUCUUAUGAACCAGUGUAUUCAACUGUCUUAUGAACCACUGUAAAAAACUGUCUUAUGAACCACUGUAUUCAACUGUCUUAUGAACCACUGUACAAAACUGUCUCAUGUACCACUGUAAAAACUGUCUCAUGAACCACUGUACAAAACUGUCUCAUGUACCACUGUACAAAACUGACUCAUGUACCACUGUAAAAAACUGUUUCAUGUACCACUGUACAAAACUGUCUAUGUACCACCGUACAAAACUGUCUCAUGUACCACUGUACAAAACUGUCUCAUUUACCACUGUACAAAACUGUCUCAUGUACCACUGUACAAAACCGUCUCAUGUACCACUGUAAAAAACUGUCUCAUGUACCACUGUACAAAACUGUCUCAUGUACCACUGUAAAAAAACUGUCUCAUGAACCACUGUACAAAACUGUCUCAUGUACCACUGUAUAAAACUGUCUCAUGUACCACUGUAAAAAACUGUCUCAUGAACCACUGUACAAAACUGUCUCAUGUACCACUGUAAAAAACUGUCUCAUGUACCACUGUAAAAAACUUUCUCAUGUACCACUGUAAAAAACUGUCUCAUGUACCACUCACUGUCUAAAACCAUCCCAAUUGUGAACAUUUUUUUAAUUUAUAAUUCUUGUCUCUCUUUUUUUUUUGCAGUACUACAGCAUGAUUUGUGGUGACAGGCCAAAUGCUUCACUGACCAGGCAAAUGUCCAAGUAAGUGGCACACAUUUUUUCAUGUCAGAACAAAAUUAAAAAUCUGAACUAAACUUUGUGCUAGUUGGAAUAGUGUAUGCUGCAAAACUAAGAACACAAACUAAUGAUUGUGUACAGUGAAUAUAAGCUAACAAUUUUUGUUAAAUUUAGCAUAUUAAAUGGCAUAUGACUGAAACCAAACUGCUCUUAACUUUUUACAACUUGAAGACAAAUUUAGGUGCCCCUGAGAUGACUUUAGGCUAGCUGUCGGGCGAGCCGGUGACAUUGAAACCAGUUCAUGUUAUCCCAAUGCUUUUUAAAAAUUUUUCCUUAACAAUCCUUGCCUUGAAUUUUAUUUGCCAAAAAAAAGUUAAUGUGUUUUUUAAAACUUUUUCUUGAAGUUUCUUUGGUGGCAAAAAUAACAGCCUUAGGUAAUGUUCUGCAUUCAUUUGGUUAGAGAGUUUAUGGAGAUAAUUCUUUAGUGUUAUUUAUCAAUGUUUCAACUCAUUCCACUUGUAGCAUUUUUUUGUGGGUGUUGUAUUUUGUAUAUCCAUUGCUCCAUUGUCGUAGUGACCAAGGUGUGGGUAGAAUUUAGUCAAAAUUUACAUGAAUCAGCUCUUUCUUAUUUAAAAAUAAAAUGAUGUGGCAUCUUCACAAUCAAUAAGGGUUGGGGAGUUUUGUGGGGGGGGGGGGGGGAGUGGGGUUGUCAGGAGGUUGGUUGGAGAACUUAACUUAUUAGAAGUAAUUUCAAAAACAAAAAAAAAUUUGAAUAAGCUGAACAAUUUGUUUUAUGUUCAACUGUCUUUAGAUCGAAUCUCGGCCAUGUAUCGGCUAAUGAUAUAUAUGACAAGAAUGCUUAACCACUAACCAGUCCCAUGAACUUAAGAGCACAAUUUAAAAAAAAAAUUAAAAUGACAAUUAAACAACAUCUCAAUUUGUGGAAGAACUUUCAGUACCAUAGAAACUUUAGCAGCGUAGAUAGUGGAUAGCAUCGACGAGUGUUAAUAUCAGUUACCUCUGUUGGGAUCUACAAUUGUUGUUUAAAAGUUCAUUAUCAUCUACAAGCAGUGGGCUUCUGUAAGUCAAAUAGUUUCAGUACUACAAUGGAUCUUUUUGUGAAAGACUUGUUUUGUCAUGGCUGUUUCUAACCUUUCUUUAAAUAAUUGAAUGGUGUCCCAUUUAUUUGUCAUUAUGGGCCUUGUAGUUUCUAGAUCUAGAUGUCAUUAACUUAAUGGACAUAACAUCUCUGAUAAUGGUAAUUAAUCUAGAUGUCAUUAACCUAAGAGACACAUCAUCUCUGAUAAAAGAUAUUAACCUAGAUGUCAUUAUCCUAACAGACACAUCAUCUCUGCGAAAAGAAAUAAUCUAGAUGUCAUUAACCUUUAGAAUUAUAAGCUCUGAUGAGAUGUUUGGUGUUAGUUUAGAAAUGCCUCAUUUUGAGUAAACCACUGCCAAAAUUUGUUGCCCUUUACAAGAGAUCUAUUUGAUGCACACCUUAUCUAGCUCAUCAUGUAUAUACUAUCUGUCUUGAAUCACAGUAGGGUGCUGUGUACACUGUCAGUAAGAAAUGUACAUUUUUGGGGGCUUUAAUAGGAAGCAACUAACCAUUUUUUUUUAAAUUAAUUUUUUUUUUUUAAAGUUAACCCUUAGCAGACUAAGACUAACAAGGUAUCACAGGAGGCAAAGGAAAAAUUCAUAUAACAUUUUUAACACAGAAUACACUUUUGGCCAUAUUCUUGUCAUAAGAAUAUAGUUAACAUGUUGAUUUAUUUAAAUGAAAACAAUAAGUAGCUGUAUUAAGUUUCUAUAAAUAAACUAGAUUUACUUGUGUUCUUUUUAUCUAUGCUCUUUAUGUUGGCACCAUCAUAUAAAUGUUGUGUUCGCUUAUAGAUGCAUUUUAUGUGUUAAAAAGGGGAGAAAUAGUCAAAUUCUCAGUUAUUGAGAUUAAUUAUUAGAUUAACCUACUGAUUUAGAAAAACAACAGGGGUCUGUGUAAUGUUCAGAUUACAGAUCAAUGUUUAUAAUAUAUAUUUUUUUAAGCUAUAGAAAAAAAAUAUACAUAUGUGUUAUAUAAACCAGGUAAUAAUGUGAAAUACAACUAUACUAUGUUGUCUGCUGUCCGUCAAGUAUUGGCUCAUAAUUAAUUUUAUUGGAUGUUUUUUUUUUAACACAAUCUAGUCUAGUUUUUUUGUGCACCUGAAUGUAAAUAUUGCUUUUCUGUGACAUCUGUGAACAUUCUCUUGCCAAUGUGAAAGUCUUCAAUGUGAUCCUUUCAUAUUUUUUUACCUGAUUCAAUUCAGAUUCUACCUGUCACUAGUGAAAAGCUUUAUGUAAGAUUGGACUAACAUUUCAGAUAUUUUUUUAUUGUUAUAAUUUUAUAACAUGUUGAAGUUUUUAAUUUUAAAUUAUUCGAAAAGUUCAAAAUUUUGAGUAAUUAAAGAAGUUAACUUAACAUUUUCUGCGAAACACUAUUAUGCUAAUGUUUUAUACUAAUAGUGAAGAAAAAGCAUACAGGAAAAAAUAUUUGCGAUCGUUAACAAUGAAUCAAUGGGCUAGAUAAAUUCUAUAUAUACCAUUAACACAAUGAUUGAAUGUUGGGGUUGGAUUGAAUUAUAGUUAACAUAAAAACAAUAAACAAAUGUUAGAGUUAGUUAUAGUUAACAUUGAAACCAAUUGUAAAUAAAUCAAGGUCUUUAAUCAAGAAUAUACAUUAGUUUAGAAUUCUCGAAUUACAUGGGUCUUUAGUAUUUCUUUCGCAUCUUACUUGGGUAACGAAGAAUUAACUGCAGCUGGUCAGCUGUUAGUCUUUUUCUACACAUUUUUCCAUUUGUCUGGAUUAACCAAAUCGCCAUUGAUAUUUUUCAUUGUUAUUUAUCAAACAGGCAAGUAAAAAAAAAAGAUUUUACCUUGGCCCAAUUCGGCAAUAAACUCAAGGAUGUGUUCAAGUCAUCAGGUAAACAAAGAACAUUGGUCGUGUCAUCAUACAAUAUAUGGAAAUUAGUUGGAUGUUAUUUUCCUAUCAUCAUACAAUUUAUGGAUAUUAGUGGGUUUUGUGAUGGGUUUUUUUCAUUUUCAAAAAUUUUCUUUAGUUGUAUUAAUAAAUAUGUUAUAAACUUAGCAACAGUAUAUACAUUUUCUUUGAGAUUUCUCUAUAACUUAUUCUUAAGUUCAGAUCAUUUGACCUUAUUACUGUUCCAGUUAUAAUUUUUUUUUAAUAUAAGGUAAAUUAUUCUAGAGAACAUAUACUGUUUUAAUUCAUGCUUUUUAUUGGGCAUGGUAGUUUUUUUAAUAUGGACUGUUAUGUGUAACAUACACAGGAGGUAAAAUAAGGUAAACUAUGCACAGUGCAGUACAUGAUCUUGGCUCUGACUUAACUGUGCCAUUUAGCCUAUUUUUUGGGUAACAUUUUUGAAGUUGUUCCCAAUUGUACCUUUACUUCACUUUCUGGACUUUGGUGAUUGUACACAUUCUUAGUUUAAGUGUACUAAUUCCAAGGAGUGGUUUGAAGUGUACUGGUUCUAAAGGGUUUGGGGGGGGGGCGGGGGCUGCACUGUUGCAUUUAGGUGUUUGUACACUUUCUUGAUUUAAGUGUACUGGUUCUAAAGGGUUGGGGGGCAGGGGGCUGCACUGUUGCAUUUAGGUGUUUGUACACUUUCUUGAUUUAAGUGUACUAAUUCCAAGCGGGCAUUUGUACACCUGAAGACUUGGCACGCACGUUGAUUUAAUGAGAUGACCAUGUUCAUUAUCGACCUUUUAUCUUCUUCUUAUUAUUUGCUCCGCUUUUUUGUAGAUGAGAAACUUGCCAACAGCAUUGAGUCGGGUGUGGAGGGGAUUUCUUUGAAUUCAGUGGCAGUAAGUAACAUGGUGUUGUGACAGUAUAACUGGACGUCAUGAGUUGUUUUUAUUCAUGAAAGUUUUUGAACGUAAAUGCGUGGAAAUCUGGAAUGAGUGAUCUUUUAUGUAGAAGUAUAAAAAGGUUGUAGAAGGUCAAAAUAAAGUCAGUUGUUACACGAACACUGAAGAGUGAGCAUCAUUCAUUUCUAUUACAGGUGUCUUCUGUUUCAACUUAUGUUUUAUUUCUGUUAUCUCCCUUAAAAAGCUUUUGGGGGGCAUUGUUAACCCCAAUUUUUUUUUCCUUAAAUAUGUCGAGGCCUUGAUGCCAAAUUAAAUUUAAUGUCAUCUACCGUUUUAUGGUUUUUGUAAAUUUAAUCUGCUUUAAGGUUAAUCUCAUUUGUUGAAAAAUUUGUAACAAAGGACUGAAAACCAGUAUACUUGAGAAAAGUAGGCCUAAGCUAGUAAUAUUAACAAUAAUCAUAACAUAAUUAUACUAUUAAAUUUAUAUAAAUUAUACAAAAUCAAAUAGCUCAGUAAGUACAAUCCUCGAAAGAUACAAAUAUUAAUUUUCAUACACACAUAAAGAGUACUAUCUUGCAAGUAUAUAAUGUCUAAAAAAUGGCUAGGAAAGCUGCCAACUUAUUUAUAGGGAGAAAUUUGGAACCCUCUUUAAAAUAAAUUAUUGAUUUUGCAUCAACCGAUAGCAUUCUGUAGAACAAAUCAGAACAUAUUCAAAUGUAAACAAUCUUUUCCCCAUCAAGGGAGGGGUUUUGAUUUGGACAGCACUACACAUAUAAUUAGUGAUGUCAAUAUCAAAACAAGAAGAGAAGUGGUUGACGCUUUAGCGCUACAAUGAAAUAAUAUAAGGUCAAGACACAUUGAGUACCAUUCCCCUUAUAUAUUCUCAGCCUUCCAUAAGUAUAGAGGAGGAUCUCGUUGAUACAAUAGCUGACUGUGAUCAAUCCUUGCAUGAUUUGACUUCCUGGAGGGUCACCAUUCCCCGUAUCGGGGCACGACCUGACCCAGAAAAUCCCCGCAAACAGUACUUUGUGUUUAUAAUAGAUAUAAGGAGACUUGAUGUCGAAGAAGGUAUUUCAAUUAUUAUUUAGAUAAAAAUCUCUAGUACAAACAUCUAUGGUAACAGAAGGACUUAAAAUAAUUUCCUAUCUUUAUUCCCAUCAAAAUAAGUGCUUUAAAUUAUGAUUUGUAUUAAACAUGAUAGGAGCCAAAAUGAUCAAUAAAUUGAUCGUGGGCCCUUAAGAUAUAGAAGAAGACAUGCUUUAAAAAAAAAUUAUAUGGUUUUAUGCUUAUUUGUUCAUUAAAUGUAUUUCUUGACAACAUUAGUUCCAUACAAAAGUUAUUAGCUUAUUUAAGCUGCUAAAAGAGAUAAAGAAGCAUUAGCAGUUAAAUAUUUCCUAAACCUUAUUUUGAUUGUCAUCCACCAGGUGAAGAGAAAAAACAACAGUGGACAGUGGCUAGGUGAGUGCAUUAAGUCAAAGCUAUGUCUUUAAAGCCAAUUAAGGAUAAUAGAGGACAUAACGGGUGAGUGCGGAGACUUGAAUGAGGAAUUGAUCAUUUAUACACGGCAUAUACUCGCAAUUAGGUUGCACUUUUUUUCUUUUCUUUUUUUUUUUUUAACAAAUAAAAAUCAAGGAUGCGACCUAUCUCCUGACAUUACAGGGUUCUGACGUGCACGGCGGUGUAUCAGUAGAUCCAAUUUUUAGUCUACACAGAUCAGGCCCCCUCACCUGAAAAAGGAAACACUACGCCAAACUCUUAUUAAGACACUUCUGUGGAAAAUGUUCAUGAUAUUGGGACCUUUCUGUGAGUCAACCACAAAUACUCGCUUUGACAACCCGAAACUAAGGGUGCGGCGUCUCCACUGGUGUGAUCUACUUGCGAGUAUAUAUGGUGUAUGAUUUAAUUUGAAAAUGUUUUAGAACUUUUGGCUGUUGAUGUUCAUAGCAGUUGUUCUUUUGCUUUCAGGAGGUAUCCCGAGUUCUAUGUAUUGGAACAAAAAUUAACAGAAUUUCAUGGUAAAUUCCUUCUAAAGAUUACUUAAUUUCUUGGCAAAGGUCUCUAAAAUAUUUCUUUAUUCUUUGGUAGUUAUAAUAUUACUUAAAUGUAAGUAAAGCUGUCUAUAUAAUAUUACUUAAACGUAGAUUAAGCUGUCUAUAUAAUACUACUCAAAUGUAGGUUAAGCUGUCUAUAUAAUAUUACUUAAAUGUAGGUUAAGCUGUCUAUAUAAUAUUACUCAAAUGUAGGUUAAGCUGUCUAUAUAAUAUUACUGAAAUCUAGGUUAAGCUGUCUAGAUAAUAUUACUUAAACGUAGGUUAAGCUGUCUAUAUAAUAUUACUGAAAUGUAGGUUAAGCUGUCUAGAUAAUAUUACUUAAAUGUAGUUUAAGCUGUCUAGAUAAUAUUACUUAAAUGUAAGUUAAGCUGUCUAUAUAAUAUUACUUAAAUGUAAGUUAAGCUGUCUAGAUAAUAUUACUUAAAUGUAAGUUUAGUUGUCUAUAUAAUAUUACUUAAAUGUAAGUUAAGUUGUCUAUAUUAAACUAUAUAAUAUUACUUAAAUGUAAGUUAAGCUGUCUAUAUAAUAUUACUUAAAUGUAAGUUAAGCUGUCUAUAUAAUAUUACUUAAAUGUAAGUUAAGCUGUCUAUGCUAUAUCAUUUAAGUGUAAGGUAAAGGAAAUGACAGCCUCCUUGACCCCCUUCCAUUUUCUAAUUGUUUUGUUUUUUUUCUUUCGGCUCUAUAAUAUUUUGCCAAACAUUCUCUGAACAUAGAUACAUGUCCACCUUAUGAUCUUAUUUACAGGGGAGCUUACUGAAUGCCAGCUUCCUGCCAAAAAAUCCUUUGGCACAAAAAAGCAAGAUUUUACUGAAAGCAAAAAAGCAGAUUUUGAAAAUUAUCUUCAGGUGAGCUUCUGAUCUAUAUAUACAUACCCUUUAAAAAAAAAUGUUUUCUAUAUCAUGAAAAGAAAAGGGAGAGUUCAGUGAAAAAUAUGAAAUCAAUGAUGUAAAUUUUUUAAAAUUUUAUAAUUAACCAGUAAAUAUAAAGAUUUUACUUUUCUUUUGUAAGAUUAAUAACUUUCAAAUGUAGAGGCAAGUUUAAAUAUUGUUGUGAAAACUAGUCAUAUUAAAAAAAAAAGUAACAAGCCAUGUUAAAAAGUAACUAGUCAUUCUGAAAAGUAUAUCUAGUCAUGUAAAGUACAACUAAUGUUUGAUAAAUAAAACUGAUGUUGAUAAGUAAAACUAGUCAUUUUUAAACUAGUCUUGUUAAUGUGUACAACCAGUCAUGUUGACACUUAAACCUGUUUAAACUUAAAUCAUGUUGAUACCUAGCCAUAUUUAAAACUAGUCUUGUUAAUGUGUACAACCAGUCAUGUUGACAAGUCUUUUCUUUGCCUCAGAAACUUCUGACUAAACCACAGCUGAGAAACAGUGAAUUGUUGUAUCAAUUCCUGACCACAGAACAUGAAUUCUCCACAAGUUUUUUGCCGGGUAUUAAAUUGGGUAGGUGACCUUGGCUUUCCUUUCAGCCUGCAUUAUCCGUGGCCUGCCCAUUGACUCUGGCCGCGUUGACUUCUGAGAAUCCUGCCCCUCACAAUAUGAUCAAUGCUCAAGCAUCAGAAAAACACAAUUUUAAUGUGAUGAAUAUGGCUGUAAAAAAUAAAUGCAUGCCUUACAACAUGAUUAAAGUUUUUUCACUUUUAUACAAAUUUUGAAGUGAAAUAUUUUCAGAUUUGGCUCUCACAAAAAAAGAUAUUCACUGUAGAAAACUUUGCCUCAUGCUCUCAAAACAUUGUAUUUACAAGUUCCAAACUCACUCUCCGCCUCCCUCGGCCUAACAAAAUUUUAAAAAACUUUAAUUAAUCUUUGCCCAUUGCUUCAUGGCACCUUCCUAAACUAAUCCUCUACAUAACGCUCGGAACUCUGUUGACAACAUCCUGUGCUAACAAACCUGAAGUCGGACUUCUGCUAUCAGAAAAUAAAUCAACUUCUUUAACUCCAUUCGUUUAACGGCUAAAUGUCUUCAACUGAAGAGAUACAUUUUCUCCCUGAUCCUUUGACCUUCUCAAAAAAAUUAUCUUAUGUGUGUGGCAUUUAUGUCACGACCCACUUAUAAUCUUUUGUUUGAAAAAAGCCCUAAAAUGCAGAAUCCACAUAUAAUCUUUUGUUUGAAAAAAGCCCUAAAAUGCAGAAUCCACAUAUAAUCUUUUGUUUGAAAAAAGCUCUAAAAUGCAGAAUCCACAUAUAAUCUUUUGUUUGAAAAAAGCCCUAAAAUGCAGAAUCCACAUAUAAUCUUUUGUUUGAAAAAAUCCCUAAUGCCGCCUAAUGCAUCUGUUAUUGUUGUUCCAUAACAUUAUUAAUAAUACAAACAAAAUAUCGAAAAAAAUAUUUAUUUAAAAAUUUAAAGUGAACUGUGGUCAUACCAAUACGGGUCAAGCAACGCUCCCAACAAGAGGUCGCUACUUACAUUACUUUCUUUAUGGGCACAUGUAAUCAGCGCUUGGUCACUGAAUGCAAGUGGGUCAGGUAGAAUUGGUUGCAUGGUCACAAGUAUUAUGCAUUGGUGAAUGAAAUAUUGCUUACACGCGGAUGCCCGUAUAAUGUGAACUAGCAUUUUUGACCUUAACUUUCUUGUAUCCCAUUUCUUCUAUUGCAUUUGUGGGGGGAGCUGAGGUAGAUUGUUGAUUACCUUUAUUGCUUAACAUGAAAUUGAUGAAUUUAUACAAUUUAUCUUUUUGUAAUUUCCUUCCAGGAAAAUUUGUAAAGACAAAACUAGUAAAAGAGGUGAGUACAGAUCAUUGUCUUUUCAUUGUGAUCUGUGCCCAAUGGCUUAUAAUAUAGUCAGUGUUAUGAUUAGUCUUGUGUGCACCAAUGUCUUAUUAUGUUUGACUAACUCUCCCAGACCCCAAGCAAUGGCUUAUAAUAUAGUCAGUGUUAUGAUUAGUCUUGUGUGCACCAAUGUCUUAUUAUGUUUGACUAACUCUCCCAGACCCCAAGCAAUGGCUUAUAAUAUAGUCAGUGUUAUGAUUAGUCUUGUGUGCACCAUUGUCUUAUUAUGUUUGACUAACUCUCCCAGACCCCAAGCAAUGGCUUAUAAUAUAGUCAGUGUUAUGAUGAGUCUUGUAUGCACCAAUGUCUAAUUAUGUUUGACUCACUCUCCCAGACCCCAAGCAAUGGCUUAUAACAUUUAUUUAUCAUCAGAAAGGACAGCACUUGGAUGAAUUUUUGGUGAAUUUUGCGUUUUCAACAGAAGCCCCUAAACCACGAUCAAAGUAAGCUUUUUUGUUUCUAACUGAAGCCAUCUUGUUGUAGACAUGGGUGAGUGAAACGAUCUGAUUCGGUCUCGUUCUCAUCAUGGCCAAGAGAUAACAACCUUGUUCUUAUCAUUGGCAAGUGUUACCAAGUAAUUUUUUUUCUACAAGUUGAUAACAUAUUUUAAAAAUUGUAUUUAUUAUUUGACAGUAAAUUAUCAAGGCGAGGAUCGGAGACUUCCUUGUUGUCAACUUCAAGUGAAAAAGUGAGUGGUUAAAAAAAGUUAAAUGUGAAACCUUUUCAUUUUGUAUUAUUACAAACCAAAAAAACAAAGCAAUUUGCAAAAAGUAAUGCUAACCUACACAAGUCGGAUUUAAAAAAAAAAAUUGCAUGUCAUAUGUAUAUUUUCUACGAAGUCUCACCAUGUGCAAAUCACACGUUUGAAUGUAAGAAUAUAUAUAUAUGUUUAAUAAACGCAUGAUGACUUUCUUCAUUGUACGCCUAUGUCUGUGUUUUUUUUACUUGCAGCUUGCAGGCACUCACUUUGAUAACAACAUGAACUUUGGCUUCAACCCACCGUCUUCAAAAAAAGAUCUAACUCACUAUGUCAAGGACCUUGAAGGCGCCUUUGAUUAUCUUGUGUUCUUAAGUAAGUUGAUCAGUUCCAAGGUACUUCACUUUCAUGGCUUUAGAAAAGUUUUAAUUUAGUGUUAAAAAAAAUUAUAUGUACGUUCCGUCAUUUAACUCACGUGCUGAAAGCCUUCAGGGUGUCACUCAGCCGAGUUAUGACAUUAAAACUUAUGGGCUCAUUUAAAUAUUAUAAGCAAGGAAAAAUUCCCUUGUACCAACCCUCUCCCCUUGUUGCUUUGAUUACAUCUGUGGCCGAAUUGGUCUAAACUGAGUCAGUCCCAAGCUUGUGGACUGGAGUUCAAUCCCCAGCAAAAGCCUAAAAAAGCAAAAACACCCCAGCAUCCCAGGUAGAAUGGGACUCGUUAACCUUGGAUGGCAACUCAUCUAAGGGAAGGAAAACUCUGCAUUCAACAAUGAUAAUAAUAAUAAAUAUAUAUAAACGAUCUAGCUACCCUUCCACACCAAAUAGUUUGAUUUAAUGUUUUAAAAUUGGUCAUGUCUAGGCACAUAUAUCAUGAUGUGGACAUAAUUUUUUCUUGUAUUUCCUUGCCUGCUUACAACAACAGUCAGGGAAGUGUUCAAGGCCCCCCGGUGGUUCCAGCAGCUGACGCUCUCUGCCAGGAUACUGCUGAAGGAGACGGUGGAGAACUACCUGGACUACCACAUAGAUUACAAGCUGGCUCAGGUCACACAAGAGCAUCGACUAGUUAGUUUGAUUCAUUUGUUGAGAGGUGAGGCCAUCAGCACAUUGCGUUAACGCUUAACUGAGCAUCCAUAUUUCCUCAUUACGUUACAUACGUUACUUUUUAUUAUUGUUAAAUUAUAGUUGAAUAUUGAUUUCUAUGUUUAACCGCCAAUCCCAUGAAGGGGAGAGCAGCCAGUAUUGAAAGGGUCAGCAGCCAGUAUGAUAUUUAUAUUUGUUUUGUUUUGUUGUUAUACAGCUGUUUUUUAUAUUACAUAAAUGUAUGUAAUUUUUUUAAUGUCAUGAUUGUGUUGGCUAAUAUUUUCAUGUGCAGCGCGGUGAGCCCUAAGCUUGGGUACAGUGCUAUAGAAGACCACUGUAAUAAUAAACAAUAAUAAUAAUAAAAUGUAUGGCUCUUGGACACAAAAUACUGGGAUAAUCUCAUCAUGGGAAACUAAAUAAAGAAAAAUUAUUGGCUCUUGGACACAAAAUACUGGGAUAAUCUCAUCAUGGGAAACUAAAUAAAGAAAAAUGUAUGGCUCUUGGACACAAAAUACUGGGAUAAUCUCAUCAUGGGAAACUAAAUAAAGAAAAAUUAUUGGCUCUUGGACACAAAAUACUGGGAUAAUCUCAUCAUGGGAAACUAAAUAAAGAAAAAUUAUUGGCUCUUGGACACAAAAUACUGGGAUAAUCUCAUCAUGGGAAACUAAAUAAAGAAAAAUUAUUGGCUCUUGGACACAAAAUACUGGGAUAAUCUCAUCAUGGGAAACUAAAUAAAGUAAAAUUAUUGGCUCUUGGACACAAAAUACUGGGAUAAUCUCAUCAUGGGAAACUAAAUAAAGUAAAAUUAUUGGCUCUUGGACACAAAAUACUGGGAUAAUCUCAUCAUGGGAAACUAAAUAAAGAAAAAUUAUGUAAAAUUCCGCUCCCACCCCCUUUUUGUUUUAAGAAGAGAAAAAAAAAAAAAGUAAAAUAAUGUUCUGAUGCUAGUUCUGAUGCUAGUUCUGAUGCUAGUUCUGAUGCUAGUUCUGAUGCUAGUUCUGAUGCUAGUUCUGAUGCUAGCAUCGUCUUAAAUUCAUUUGCUCUCCAUUUACAGAUAUACUUUUCUUUGAUGAAGAUCCACCCAGGUAAGAGAUGAAAUACCUCUUCUCUAAUAAAUGCACUACUUCUCUAUUAGAGAAAACAGAAAAGAAUUACUUGAUGUGCUUAUUAUCUAAUGGGGCAGUUGCAGUUGUCUGGUUUAACUAUUCAUCAAAAUUCAAUCAGUGAUAUAUUGUGUUUUUGGCUCAUCAUAUCUGUGAUAAGUUCCAAGUCUCACAUCUAUACAACUUGACCAAAGUCUCAUACACCCUCUAAUCUAUACAACUUGAAUUGAGUCUCACACACCCUCUGAUCUAUACAACGUGAAUUGAGUCUCACACACCCUCCGAUUUAUACAACUUGACUUGAGUCUCAUAUAAACUCUGAUCUAAACAACUUGAAUUGAGUCUCAUACACCCUCUGAUCUAUACAACUUGACUUGAGUCUCAUACACCCUCUGAUCUAUACAACUUGAAUUGAGUCUCACACACCCUCUGAUCUAUACAACGUGAAUUGAGUCUCAUACACCCUCUGAUCUAUACAACGUGAAUUGAGUCUCACACACCCUCUGAUCUAUACAACGUGAAUUGAGUCUCAUACACCCUCUGAUCUAUACAACUUGACUUGAGUCUCAUAUAAACUCUGAUCUAUACAACUUGAAUUGAGUCUCACACACCCUCUGAUCUAUACAACGUGAAUUGAGUCUCAUACACCCUCUGAUCUAUACAACGUGAAUUGAGUCUCAUACACCCUCUGAUCUAUACAACUUGACUUGAGUCUCAUACACCCUCUGAUCUAUACAACUUAACUUGAGUCUCAUACACCCUCUGAUCUAUACAACUUGACUUGAGUCUCAUAUAAACUCUGAUUAUACAACUUGACUUGAGUCUAAUACACCCUCUGAUCUAUACAACUUGACUUGAGUCUCAUAUAAACUCUGAUCUAUACAACUUGACUUGAGUCUCAUACACCCUCUGAUCUAUACAACUUGAAUUGAGUCUCACACACCCUCUGAUCUAUACAACUUGAAUUGAGUCUCAUACACCCUCUGAUCUAUACAACUUGACUUGAGUCUCAUAUAAACUCUGAUCUAUACAACUUGACUUGAGUCUCAUACACCCUCUGAUCUAUACAACUUGAAUUGAGUCUCAUACACCCUCUGAUCUAUACAACGUGAAUUGAGUCUCACACACCCUCUGAUCUAUACAACGUGAAUUGAGUCUCAUACACCCUCUGAUCUAUACAACGUGAAUUGAAUCUCAUACACAUACACCCUCUGAUCUAUACAACUUGACUUGAGUCUCAUAUAAACUCUGAUCUAUACAACUUGACUUGAGUCUCAUAUAAACUCUGAUCUAUACAACGUGAAUUGAGUCUCACACACCCUCUGAUCUAUACAACGUGAAUUGAGUCUCAUACACCCUCUGAUCUAUACAACUUGACUUGAGUCUCAUAUAAACUCUGAUCUAUACAACUUGAAUUGAGUCUCACACACCCUCUGAUCUAUACAACGUGAAUUGAGUCUCAUACACCCUCUGAUCUAUACAACGUGAAUUGAGUCUCAUACACCCUCUGAUCUAUACAACUUGACUUGAGUCUCAUACACCCUCUGAUCUAUACAACUUGACUUGAGUCUCAUACACCCUCUGAUCUAUACAACUUGACUUGAGUCUCAUACACCCUCUGAUCUAUACAACUUGACUUGAUUCUCAUAUAAACUCUGAUUAUACAACUUGACUUGAGUCUCAUACACCCUCUGAUCUAUACAACUUGACUUGAGUCUCAUAUAAACUCUGAUCUAUACAACUUGACUUGAGUCUCAUACACCCUCUGAUCUAUACAACUUGAAUUGAGUCUCACACACCCUCUGAUCUAUACAACUUGAAUUGAGUCUCACACACCCUCUGAUCUAUACAACUUGAAUUGAGUCUCAUACACCCUCUGAUCUAUACAACUUGACUUGAGUCUCAUAUAAACUCUGAUCUAUACAACUUGAAUUGAGUCUCAUACACCCUCUGAUCUAUACAACUUGAAUUGAGUCUCACACACCCUCUGAUCUAUACAACUUGAAUUGAGUCUCAUACACCCUCUGAUCUAUACAACUUGAAUUGAGUCUCACACACCCUCUGAUCUAUACAACUUGAAUUGAGUCUCAUACACCCUCUGAUCUAUACAACUUGAAUUGAGUCUCACACACCCUCUGAUCUAUACAACUUGAAUUGAGUCUCAUACACCCUCUGAUCUAUACAACUUGAAUUGAGUCUCACACACCCUCUGAUCUAUACAACUUGAAUUGAGUCUCAUACACCCUCUGAUCUAUACAACUUGAAUUGAGUCUCACACACCCUCUGAUCUAUACAACUUGAAUUGAGUCUCAUACACCCUCUGAUCUAUACAACUUGAAUUGAGUCUCACACACCCUCUGAUCUAUACAACUUGAAUUGAGUCUCAUACACCCUCUGAUCUAUACAACUUGAAUUGAGUCUCACACACCCUCUGAUCUAUACAACUUGAAUUGAGUCUCAUACACCCUCUGAUCUAUACAACUUGAAUUGAGUCUCACACACCCUCUGAUCUAUACAACUUGAAUUGAGUCUCAUACACCCUCUGAUCUAUACAACUUGAAUUGAGUCUCACACACCCUCUGAUCUAUACAACUUGAAUUGAGUCUCAUACACCCUCUGAUCUAUACAACUUGAAUUGAGUCUCACACACCCUCUGAUCUAUACAACUUGAAUUGAGUCUCAUACACCCUCUGAUCUAUACAACUUGAAUUGAGUCUCACACACCCUCUGAUCUAUACAACUUGAAUUGAGUCUCAUACACCCUCUGAUCUAUACAACUUGAAUUGAGUCUCACACACCCUCUGAUCUAUACAACUUGAAUUGAGUCUCAUACACCCUCUGAUCUAUACAACGUGAAUUGAGUCUCACACACCCUCUGAUCUAUACAACGUGAAUUGAGUCUCAUACACCCUCUGAUCUAUACAACGUGAAUUGAAUCUCAUACACAUACACCCUCUGAUCUAUACAACUUGAAUUGAGUCUCCUCACACACCCUCUGAUCUAUACAACUUGACUUGUAUCUCAUACACUCUGAUCUAUACAACUAAACUUGAGUCUAAUAUAAACUCUGAUCUAUACAACUUGACUUGAGUAUUAAUUGUGUGUAUGGUUCAACUUUUUGCAAGGUCACUUGUUAGCAAACUUUCCAAAAAAUCAUAGUAUGGUGAAAUAUGGCUGACAACUUAAUCUCAUGGUGCAUUUUUAUGUGUCAUGUCCUGACACAGAUCAUUCAUGUACUGACACAGGUCAUUCAUGUACUGACACAGGUCAUUGAUGUAAUCUUCUUUGAAAUCAAAUUUAUAAGUCUAUUCAUCAUCAUCUUCUUCUAUAUUUUUUUAGGACCCACAAUCAAUAUAUUGAUCAUUCUGGCACCUAUCAUAGAUAUGUUUGCUAUUAAUAGUUCAGAUCCACAAAAAGGGGCUAGACUUUUUUGUGUGUAUUCUUCUAAAUGUAAAAGAAAAUGCCAUUCAGUGAUUAAAAAAAAGAAAUUACCAUUUUUCAUAUCACUUAUUCAGACUUCAUAUUUUAUUUGCUUUCACUGUAUUACCUACCACUUGUAAUUGAUGUAAGUGAAUUUCUUUUCAAAAACGUUUAUCACCUGUAAUUUUUUGGUGUUGGAAUAGGGCAUAUGACAUGUGACACAUCUUAGAUGUUGGAAUAUGACAUGUAACACAUCUUAGAUUUUGGAAUAUGACAUGUGAGACAUCCUGGGUGUUGGAAUAUGACAUGUGACACAUUUUUAUUCUCUAGAACUGAUGAGGACAAAAGGAAAAGAUAUGAGAAGGCUCUCAAAGAAUUAAUAGAUUUCAUCCCAUGUAAGUUGUGCCCGUUAUUUUAUGCAUGGCUUUUAGUUCCAUCACGUGCAGGUAUGAGGCUUUUGAGCACAUUGCUGCACUGUGACAUAAUUUGAGUUUCUUAUAUCAGACCUGUUUACUCUUACGAUUUUGGCAUACAAUGUACGAUUUUGAGGUGUAUACAUUAUAUAUACAGCACGUUUUUGCUCUAUAAAGAGAAUGUAUUGAAUGAUUAUAUGAUGAUAUUGUACGAUUUUAAGGGUUUGAGGGUAAACAGGUCUGUUAUAUUCACAUACACAUAUCUUUUGUAAAAAACAUAUAUGUUCUGUCAUUAGGUAUAUGGAAUUUGUUAGGAAAUAGGAAAGUCUUAAAAAUUAUGCGAAUAAAUAUAUGGAAAUUUCACAUUGUUAAAAUUAUUGAAUAACAAUUUUUUUUUUCAUUCAUUGAAAAUUAGAAAAUACAGAGUAUUCUAUAAAAAAUAAAAUGUUCUUCCUAUUAUAAGCUUAAAAUUGAUCACAAGGAAAUUUUACAUUUCUGUAUGCAUGUCAGAAAUAGAUAAAAUAUAUAUGGAAAGAAAGGAAAUUUUUGUAUCUCUUCUACAAGAUUUCAUCUUUUUUUGGUGAUACUAAUUACUAAUUAUUAUUAUAAAGCGCAACAUUGUUCUCCAAAUUUAAUACACAUUUUUAAACUCAAUAUUUUAACCCUUUCUCCUUCCACAAUGAACAAGUGAUGUUUCAUGAUAUUAUGUUUCUAUUUUUUAAACUUUUUCUCUCCUUACUUUGUAUUCUUUCCUUUUACACAAUUUAUUUCUCUCAGUUUAGAAAUAUGAUAUUUUCUCUCAAUUUACAAUAUAUUAUUUUCUCUCAAUUUACACAUAUAUUAUUUUCUCUAAAUUUACACAUAUAUUAUUGUCUCUCAAUUUACACAUAUUAUUUUCUCUCAAUUUUACAUACAUUAUUUUCUCUCAAUUUGCAUAUAUAUUAUUUUCUCUCAGUUGACACAUACAUUAUUUUUGUUUAUGCUUGCAACAGCGCCCCUGACUUCAGCAUUAAGCGUCUCCAAAACAAAGGAAGGAUGUGAACUUCUUCUUCAAAUAUUUCAACAGCCCAAACUCAACAAGCAGGUAAAUGUUUCAUUGAACAAGUUGACCUUUGACUUUUAAUUUAACAGGUUUCAUUGUCAGCAUGUAGAGUCAUGAUGUUUGUCUUGCUGUGUAUGUAGUGUUCUCAUGUUAUAUACUAUAAUGUCAUCAUGUGGCGUAGUUAGUGUCAUGCUGCAUAUGUGGUGUCCUCAAGUUAUGUAUGUAGUUUGUCCUCUGCAUAUGAAGUAUCAUCAUGCAUAUAUUGUUUUUUUUAUGUGUGUUGGGCUGUCUUGUUAAACAUGUUGUAUCAUGUUGUGCUUGGUAUGUCAUGUUGUGUAUGUAGUUUUAUGUAUGUAGUUGCCCUACGAUGCAUAUUUAGUGUCAUGUGUAUUUUGUAGAUUCACUAUGCUUAAAAUGUCAUCACGUUACAUAUGUUGAGUCUUGUAUGUGGUGCAAUAUUGUUACCUAUUUAAGUAGUGCGUAUGUAGUAUCUUCAUGUUAAAUACCAUAAUUUGAGUUGUUGGAUAUGAGGUCAUGUUUGCAUUAGGACUGAGAAUACAUAAACGUAUGCUGAAAACUUGUCAACACCAACCAGAUUUUUCCCUAAAUCAUCCCUUGUACAUAAUUUAUUCAACAAAAAUAAAUGUGUCAAUAAAUUUAAGAUGGCCCCUACAGAUGUCACCAAGUAUAUUUUUAGAUCUUUGUUCUUGCCACUUAAAUUCUACAAGUUUGUAUCGGUAUUGCAUCAUGAAACACAUUUCACUUUUCGUGUCUGACUGACAAGUGAUCUCUUACUUUCUUCCCCUUGAUCUUUGUUUGCAGCUGAGCUAUGUGCUGUUGGACGUUGUUGUACAAGAACUGUUUCCGGAAUUAUCGUGAAGCUGCCCAAAGUAAUGUCGGGAAAUUCAAGGACAUUUGUCGGACCAAAAGGAGUAAAAAAUGUUAAAAUAUUGGGGCCAUAAAUUUCUCUUGUUGAUUUAAUUUUUUAACAAGUUUUCAAAGGCACAAAUCAAGCACUAAUUUAUUUCGAUAUUAUUUAUAAAUGGAUGAUGUAAUGAAUUAUAAUUUUUUAUUUUUUUUUGCCAAAUUAUUUUAAUAUGUUUAAAAUGUUGUUGAGAUGUGAAAGUGUGGAACUGAUUGGAACUGAUUUAGAACGAAUCCUUAUUUACUCAUGUAAAUUUACAUAGGAAAGAGAGGAAUUAUUUAAUCACCAAAAUAUCAGGUCACAAAACUGAAUUGUUAAUUACCAUAUACAACCGUUCAUAAGCCGAUUUUUGAAAAUAUUUUGUGGGGGAUAAUAGGGAAUGUCAGUUUAUGAGCAGGUCUUAGGAGAUUUGUAUAAUUUACUCCAGGGUCAUUGAUCCUAUUAAGGAGAAAAAAAUGUAGAAAAGAGUAAUUGAUGGCAGUCAGCUAUGAGCUGCAAAAAAUUGGCAUUGUGCAAAAUUCGGUCAAAUAUUUUGUCCUCACUUUGCAAUCGCAGUGAUUGGCUAUGAAAGUAAAUACAUUGGACAAUAAUCGAUGGCAAGGUCCUAUUUUUCGGAAAUAUUCAGUAUGGCAGUAUGUUUCCGUAAACAUGCGAAGGGAGUGUCUGGGUUAUACACAAUACUUUAUGUUUAUUAGUUUAAACUGCAAGUCUUUUUACAGACUCAAUAAUUUUAAAAUUUUGGAUUUUAAAAAAAAAGGAAAAUUAUUUUUUUACAAUUUUGCUUCUACUGAGAUAUUAUUUUAUGGGGUCAGCUUAUGAGCCUGUUAGACUUUGCAGACUUUUCCCAGUCCAAAAUUAAGGAGUUUUGCUUAUGGACGAGUUAUUAAAGUAGGUGACAGGGGGACAACCAUGUAAUUGAUAUUUCAGUCUGCUACAAGAGUCUCAUGUUAUCGACAUAUUUUUUUUAGUGUCUAUGCCUUGUAUUUUAACCUUUAUUUUUUUUCUCAGAGGUCCUCUACAAUGAAAUUUGUAUAUUGCAAAAUGAAAUAGGUACAAAUAAGUGUGUCAAAUUUGAGCUUACAUUUGAAGCAGGGCUGGUCCCAAUUCUUGUAGUACACCAUCCAGAUAACAGCAUCUUCUAUAAGAUUUGUCCACCAAAGAAUAUCAAUAAGCUGUCCCUUCCAAUCAGUUGUGGAUGUGUAGUAGCUGGGUUGUAAAGAGUUAUCGAGCAGACAACAUAGUUUAAUGACUGUCAUUAGGGGGUUGGAUAUUUUUUACUCUGAAAUUUGUAGUAAAUCAGUUAUUUAACAAAAAAUUUUGGGGGGAUAAAUUCAUGAUGAAUGUUUCUGUCUCAACACUCAUACUUGUUUAUACCAGCUGUGCAACAUUUAAUGAAAUCAAAGAAAGUUUUAUAAGGAUGCUGUAGCGUGGAAUAACUCACUCAUCAUGAAUAUCUUGAUGCACCCGUCAAACCUGCCCCUACCAGCAGUAGCAUUCCAACCUCAGAUUCAGUCCUCGUUCUAGUAAAAGCUGAACAUUUAUAUAGUGCAAUCACUUAGCCCCUCAGCAUAUGUUGUACCAUCAUGAACACAUCAAUGAACAUUUCCGCCCCACCAGCAGUAGCAUUGCAACCUCAGAUUCAGUCCUUGUUCUAGUAAAAGCUGAACAUUUACAUAGUCCAAUCACUUAGCCCCUCAGCAUAUGUUGUACGUCUCCAUCAUGAACACAUCAAUGAACAUUUCUGCUCCACCAGCAGCAGCAUUGCAACCUCAUAUUCAGUCCUCGUUCUAGUAAAAGCUGAACAUUUACAUAGUCCAAUCACUUAGCCCCUCAGCAUAUGUUGUAUAUCCCCAUCAUGAACAUUUUGACAUCAUACUUUUAAGAAAGAGAAUAAGGAAUGAGUUUUUUUUUUUUUUCAAAACGUUUGCCCAUAAUUUGUAAAUACAUGUAUUUUUUACUUCUUAUCAUGAUCACUAGGCAAAAUUAUGCACAAUUUGCAUUUCUCCUCCAUUUCAUCUGAGCUAUAUUACAAAAAAUGAAUAAUAUGCAUCCACCUACAAAUACCUCGAUGACUUUUAAUGCUGAUGUCGGCGCGUGACAUGACUUCCAUUAGCUUGUUAAAUAAAUUAACAUUAGCAAUCGGAAAUAAAUUGUGGUUCAUUUUGUAUCUCUCAAGAAGACAUACCUAGAACAGCUGUCAGGCUAUAGAGACAGAGCAAAUACUCACUGUUGCUUCACUUUAAUUUUAAUGAAGAAUAUUAUGGUUUCUAUAGUUUUACAUAUGUCAUUAUAUAUUUCAUUACAUUUUGUCACGAAGAGGCACACAGCAUAUUUAAUCUCACUAUUAAUUUUACUGAAUAUUUUCAAUGCAAACAUUAUCCUAAAAGAUUCUUAUUUUUAUUAGAGAAAUAGAGUGAAUGUGUUUGAUGUAACAGACAAGAACGAUGUUUCUGACCAAUCUCUCCUGUAUAUUUAUGCUAUGUAACCAAUGCAUUCCACUUCACAUAAGGAUUUCAUUUGAUAUUUCCUCUAUUCUAUUCUAUGUCAUGUACAAAUGUUAUUAUAUCUUCUCAUUGAUGCAUUACCCUAGGAUUUGUUGACAUGUGCAAUAUGUGUCGUAACUUAAUUUUUGAGAGAAAACUUCUUUGUCUUGUGUUGUGAAGAUUUCAUUUUUCUUCAAAUUAAUUAUUUUAAAAUAAUAUAUUAAUAUAUUUAAAACUACAGUUGUAAACAUUGUCAGGUCUGUUUUUUAAGUUGCAAGCAUGGUGUUAAAAGUUGAGAGUAUCUGUUAAAAUUUGCAAGUUUAGUGUUAAAAGUUGCAAUUUUGUGGAGUUACCUAUUUUAUUUCCUCCACUGGGACCUGCUGAAUAGAAGAAUAUGGCACUGUUCCUACUCAUUGGCCCACAUACAUGUCAAUGCAAUAUAUAAGUGUCAACCUAAAGUAUGUGUACGAUAGACUUAACACUGAGAGCUUUAGUUAUGUCUACUAUAAUGUUUUAUUAGGUCAUGUCUAUCAUUUGUUUCAUUACAUUGAGUUGAAUUUUUAUUAUUACAGUUUAACUACCAAAUGUUAACUACCAAAUUUAAAUCAAAAUGUGUAUGAUGAUAUCAUUACUUCAUUGCUUGUUCAAACAGUUUUGAGUUCUGCAUAACAAUUUAUGUGGGGGAAAAAAAGAGGAUAAAAUGUAUUCCGUCUCGGGUCAGCAAUAUUUAAGUUGAUUAUUUAAAAGGCUAUUUCUCUCAUGGAGUCUGUGAAUUGGGUCAUAUCCAAUGAGGCCACGAAAAAGAAUUGCUCAAUUGACCGAACAUCAAUCUGACCCAACUUCUGUACUCUUCAAUCUCAACAUUUUAUAAAGAAACACAAAUCUUUAAAAGUAAUUCAUUUCUGUAUUGUAAUCCUUCAUUAAAAGCUAUUCUGGUGUCAUGUCCACUUAGUUAAGGAGUACUUGUGUUACUUGGGAUUAAUUUUCAAUGAAAAUAUAAUUAAAAUUAAAGAUUUUUGGGUCUUUUUUGAAGGAUAGAUUUGUAAAAAAAAAAAAAUAUCUUAAAGAAAGAAUACAUCUUGAUUAGUUCAAAGGUUAAGACUUAAAGGCCAGUAAAAUCGAUCAAUGUUUGCUCCAUUUUGUAGGUUGAACGUGUACCACAUCUCACCCCACCCAAAGAGUUCCCUGAGGUUGCUUGUUAAUUUCUAUUCAUUUUUUUUCUCUAUAUAUCUAAAUCUAACUAAAAUAUUUUGUUUGGGUAAAAUGUUAAUUGAACCAAUAGUUUCAUCCGAUCACAUUCUGUCUGCUUAUGUUUCGUGAAUGGUUGGUGUAAGGUAUUUCGUGAAUGAUUGGUUUAAGGUGGUUGACUAAUCUGAAUCAUGACACCAUUAAAAAUGUUAUUAUUCUCAUUCAAUGCUCUGUUAUUUUUAAUUUUU